CGCCGCGCAUGCGCGUGUGGGGGGGGGGUUCAAAGGGCGCGGGGCGGUGCCUGCGGAGAGCCACACGGCGCGACAAGAUGGCGGAUAAGGAGAAGAAGAAAAAGGAGAGCAUCUUGGACUUGUCCAAGUACAUCGACAAGACGAUCCGGGUAAAGUUCCAGGGAGGCCGCGAAGCCAGUGGAAUCCUGAAGGGCUUCGACCCACUCCUUAACCUUGUGCUGGACGGCACCAUUGAGUACAUGCGAGACCCUGAUGACCAGUACAAGCUCACGGAGGACACCCGGCAGCUGGGCCUCGUGGUGUGCCGGGGCACGUCCGUGGUGCUGAUCUGCCCGCAGGACGGCAUGGAGGCCAUCCCCAACCCCUUCAUCCAGCAGCAGGACGCCUAGCCUGGCCGGGGGUGCGGCGGGUGCAACUCGGUUUCCCGCGCACUUGGCUGCUGCUCCCACCGCAGUACUGCCUGCUGGAACGGAAGCAUUUUCCUUUUUGUAUAGGUUGAAUUUUUGUUUUCUUAAUAAAAUUGCAAACCUCA